AUGCUAAAAAUGGAAUCAAUACUGCAGAAGUAUCGUGAAUUGAGGUUUCGUUUCAAUCAUUUACUAGUUGCAUACAGACAAAGGUAUUAUAGUACUGAUAAAAAUCCUCGAGUAAUCCAAUCUAGAAUACAAAACCAACAACUACUUUCCUUGCGAACGUUUCCAAGAGAUCCAUGCUUGACUAAUAAUGAUAAGCCUUUCUUGCAUUUAGAAAAUGAAUACGAAGAAUCCCAAUAUUGCGCCAACUGUAAUGAAAGAGACUAUACUUCGUUUGAAUACAUCAACGAUGUCUCCGUAAAAGCUCACCAUUCACUCAAGAGAAGCUAUAGUGAACCUAAUUUUGGUGAAGGGUAUUUUCUGACUUUCCGAUUAGAAUUGGCUACCAACACUUCAAGUGAGGAGCAACAUCAAGAAAUUGUCUACAAUCAAAUCAAUACCGCUCAGGAACCAAUAGAACAAUUUGAACCACUUUUGGAUAUGCUGAUAACCACAGACGAUUAUUUUUCUGGAAGCUCUAUAUCACCAGUGUCUUUUCCCUGUACUUGCCAUUGCCACACUUUUGAAAAGAUUUCUCCAGAAUCCUCCACAAACAAGAAAAACCAUAAUGUUAAAGAAAAAUUGUAUGAUUUUGUCAUCAACAAUUUCUCCAAAGUCACGGGCCAAGGGAAUGAUACAGUUGCUACAAUAUCUUCAAAUAUAGAAACGUUUACCCCUCCAGAUAUCCAAGCAACGGACAUUGUAAAUGAUGAUGAAAUAGCGCCAGAUAAAGUUAAAGGCACAGACAGGAUUUGGAAACUAGUACUAAAUGACGUGUCAUUGUCUGCUGCAAGAUUAUCCACAGGAAGUUCCAAUAUUCCAGUAGUAAAUAAUCAAAACAUAAGGGGCGACUUUAUUAAUGCAAAAGUGAAAACCAUUACCAAUAAUGAAAAUGAGGAUAUUUUCAACCAAUAA